AUUAACAGGAAUAACACUAGCACCGCCCGUCCGGGCUGCCAGCGCCGCCGCGGCUGCUGUUACUACCUCACCCACUCGCGUGACUCCACAAGCGGGCGUCACGCACCUUAUCCGGUUAAUUUACAUACUAACACCGCCCAGGGGGACGAACAUGGUAAUUUACCGUCGGCUGAGAGCUAGUCGUACGAAGGAGGGGAGAGAAGAACAGCUGAAACAAAGUUUGAACGACAGAGGUUUGUUUUAAACCGAGUGGAGUGUUUCGACACGCACACACAGGCGCUCGUCGGGCUCUUUGCCCCACUUUUGGAUUACGAUAUGGACGCUUUGAAAUCCGCCGGAAGGGCAAUUAUACGGAGCCCCAGCAUCGCCAAACAGUCCUGGGGUGCGGGCAGACAUAAAAAGCUGCCGGAGAACUGGACGGACACGAGAGAGACCCUACUGGAGGGCAUGACGUUCCAGCUCAAGUAUCUGGGGGUCACGAUGGUCGAGCAGCCCAAAGGAGAGGAGCUCUCAGCAGCAGCUGUCAAGAGGAUAGUGGCAACGGCCAAAGCCAGUGGAAAAAAGCUCCAGAAAGUCUCGUUAACGGUCUCCCCUCGUGGAAUCAUCCUGCGUGACAGUGCCUCAAACCAGCUGAUAGAAAACGUCUCCAUAUACAGAAUAUCAUAUUGCACUGCGGACAAAAUGCACGACAAAGUGUUUGCUUACAUCGUCCAGAGUCAGCACAACGAGACCCUCGAGUGUCACGCCUUCCUCUGCGCUAAGAGGAAAAUGGCCCAGGCGGUAACUCUAACGGUGGCUCAGGCGUUCAAAGUGGCGUUUGAAUUCUGGCAGGCUGCCAAAGAAGAGAAAGAGAAACGAGUAAAGUCGAGUUCAGAUGGGGAAGGAGCCAGCAGCUCUCAGUCGGACAGCUCGGCCAGCCAGGGCAGCCUGAAGGGAGGAGAAGUCGCCACGGGGAAACUUUUGGAUUUGGCUGAGGGAGCGAACGCGGCGCUGACCCACUCAGGAACAAAGCAGACCCAAUCGGAUCCCUUUACGGUGCAUAAUCACGCAACAGAGAACAACAAUACUGUAUGGGAGUUGGAGGACGGUCUGGACGAGGCUUUCUCAAGACUCGCUGAGUCUCGCACUAACCCCCAGGUCCUGGACAUUGGGGUGAACCCUCAGGACUUCAGCACUGAAGAGUGCCUGUCCCCCGGCAAAUGGGACCAAGAGGAGUCGGACUUCACGGCACAAAAAGACACGUGGGGGUUCUAACAUGAAGCCUCGGCCAAGAAGGGAAAACCAGGGAAACGAGGAGCCCGGUGGUAAACAUGUCCGAACACUGAAGUGACGAAACGGACACUGUGACAUCCGCCAUGUUCCCCACCGCCUCCCUGCUGUCGUCUUCUCUCUGAUGCAUGCGUAGUUGCGUGACCGGAGGAGGACGGCGACAUGAGCAGGCUGCUCACAGAACAGGCCAAAGCAAUACAAACCAUUUAUUCCUUUUUUUAAAAGAAAAACAUGCAGUCAGUUAAUGUGCGUUGCAGUCUGUGUGUCACUCCUUUGUCUGUUUACUGUUGUUUGUGCUUGUGUACACCACGUGUUUGUGUGACUGUGCAGUAUAUAUGUGUGCAAAGUGAGCCGAGUGCUGUUUGUGUCAUAGUGAGGUCACAGAGGGUGCUGGUGAGUGUUUUAUAUACCUGAACAUGGAGCACUGUAACUGGAUUCGAGGGAAACUCACUGGUGAGGUUACUACCUGCGUGCUUCGGCCUUUUGUUGGGCACCAAAAGCUUUAAAAAAUGCGUGCAUGUGUCGGUCAGAGAGUGUUUGUGUAAUAAGAACAAAGUGACAAUCUUAUUUUUUUUUUUUUUGUAUUGCAAAAUCUAUUUUUGCACUGUGCAUUCAUCCGUGUUCAAAAGCACACAUUUCAUGUAAGGGAAUUUAAUGUCCACAAGUGUCAGCCUCAUCAUUUAGGACUAUACGCAGUGCCUCUGUUCGCCCUUCCUCCUCAUCCUUAAAUAUUUGACCCUCGGUGAGACUUCACCAUCGCUGAAGACGACCUGAAAACAGUUAUAAAAAACAAGCAGUGUGAGAGGAUGCAGGUGUUACGCGGUGCUCCAUCACCAUAUGUUAAAUUAUGUUCACUCCACUAGUUUACUAUAUUUUUCCCAGGGAUGGAUCCCAGUGUUAUUUUAGCAUUUGUUAAUAUAUUCAUUUAAUUUAAUUCAUCAGUUUUCAAUAAAAAUCCAAUUAUCAGUAUGUGUCACGUUUUAUUCUGAAAUCUAAAUGUUGAAUAUUAUUUUUAUGUCACGUCUUCUCCACUGUGGGGAUUUGCUGCUUGUUUUCUUUUCUUUUUCUUUUUUUGGACUUAUUUGUCUAAUUC